AAUCACAGAAUAUAAUUUUAAAAACUGAAAAUGCAGAUUUAAAAUUAAAAGAUGAAGAUCAUACAAAACUCAAAACAAAAUAUGCAGUUCUAGAAUCAGAACAUGAGAAUCUUAAAUCAUCAUAUAAAGAACUAGAAGUGAAGAUCACUGAAUCUGAAAAUAAACUCAGAGAUAUCAAUAAGAGAUACAGCGAACUUCUCACAGAAUAUUUAAAUCUAGAAGUAAUUUAUGCUACACUUGAAGAUAAUUAUAAAGCUUUACAAGCUCACGAUGGAAAGAAUAAAAUAGAAAUUAAAAAUUUGAAAAAGGAAUUGAAAGAAAUACAAGAUGAAAAAGAUAAAGUAGAAAAAGACUUGUUAAAAAUGAUCGAAGAACGGAAUAAAGAAAUUAAAGAAAAAAAUGAAAUGAUAGAAAAAUUAAAUGCAGAAAAG